AUGUUGGGAAAGCUUGUAGGAAAAACACCAUAUCACGUGCGCAACAGCUUCGAUUUCGCGGGAGAAAUAUCGCAUGUGGUUGUUCCAGAGGGCCAUAUCAUGUACUCACUAGAUGUGGUGUCCCUCUAUACAAAUGUUCCAGUGGAGAAGGUGUACGAUCUGGUGGAAGGAAAAUGGGGAGAACUUCAAGAACACACCACCAUACCAUGGGAAAUUUUCAAGCAGGCGAUGAAAACUGUUCUCGAAGCAUCUUUUUUCCAAUACGACGGAAAAUUCUAUGCCCAAACAACGGGGGUCCCCAUGGGCUCCCCGCUUUCACCAGUGAUAGCAAAUCUAAUCAUGGAGAAGGUGGAGCAGGAGGCCAUGACCAAACUAGAGCAGAAACACAUCCCACUGACAGUGUACAGAAGGUACGUCGAUGAUUGCUUCCUAAUGGGGAGAAAGGAGGAUGUGGAGAAGGUGGUGGAGCAUUUCAACGCCAUCGAUGAGAAACUGAGGUUCACCGUAGAAGAGGAGACGAAUGGUUCACUUCGCUUUCUGGAUCUCACACUCACGAGAAACGAAGAGCGAAUCCAGAAGGUCUGGUUCCCCAAGCAGAAGGAUGGGCGCUACCUCGACUACAACUCGGAAAGCCCGCAUACCCACAAGGUAAACACGAUGAUCGCUUUGGUCGAUCGAGCACUCAAACUCACGGACGUCGAACGAAGACAGGAGAGCAUUGGAACGGUAAAGAGCAUUCUCCGCAACAACAACUACCCGGAGAAUCUCAUUCAACGAACGGUGAGAGAUCGGGUACACCGGUUGUACAACACAUUAGAGAGGGAGUGCAAUGAGGAACCAAAAAAAUAUGUGUCCAUUCCAUACGUACCGGGUCUCAGCGAGAAGGUGAGCAAGACGUUGAAAAAACAUGACAUCACCGCUUCCUUCAAACCAUGCGACAAGGCGAAAUGCAUCAAUCCACUGAACCGAAACUCGCUAGUCAUCGUGCUUCGGGACUUUUCGGAACGAGUGAUGGCGAUCAUCGGCGGCGAUUAUAAAAACGAACCCGAAACGUCAUGA